AGACUGCGUGCCCGGUUUCCUAAGCGGGACCGUUUUAAACCAACCAUGGCGAGAUGUGACGCCCCAAACUGCACUAUAAUGACCGGACUGCUCUGCUUGGUCGCGUCGGUUCUCAUACACGCAGUGUCAGGACAACGGGUGAAGGUAGAGCCUGAAGUGGCAUCUUAUCCUGGCCAGACAGUGAACCUCCGCUGUGCUUUCAAUGAUCCUAGUGGUGUUGACCUUACUAUGGUUACAUGGAUCUAUGAACCAAAGGUUGGAGAAAGGAUUAACAUAGCCGUACUUCAUCCCGACCACUUGAAUAAUCCCAACUACCCAGACUCACCUGUAAAGGGGAGGGUCAGCUUCAUGAAUUCCCCUCCAACAUUGACAAGCCCAUCCAUCCAGAUAACUGAUGUGAGGAUGACCGAUGAGGGGAAGUACAUCUGUGAUUAUGCCACCUAUCCUACUGGAAAUGAGCAGGGAAUCACCUACUUGAUCAUGCUUGCUAAGCCUCAGAACUCAGCCUCGAUUGUAACGGUGCUUGCCGGUUCGAAGAAAGAAGUUGUAGCUCGCUGCACGUCUGUUGAUGGCCGCCCUGCUGCCGUUAUCACCUGGGUGACCACCGCCAAUGGCAAUGGAACAUCUGUGUCUAAACUGGGCACGGAUGACACAGUGACUGUGAGCAGCGAGUACCUCUUAGUUCCCACACCAGCAGACAACGGCAAAGACAUCAGCUGUGUGGUGACCCACAGGACGCUGGACAAACCUGAGAGCUUCAAGCUGAAACUCGCAGUUCAGUAUGCUCCCAAGGUGACAAUAGAGGGAUAUGAUGGUAAUUGGUAUGUGGGUCGCACAAAUGUGGUACUCACUUGCCAGGCUACGGGCAAUCCAAUCCCUACCAUUGUCCAGUGGAAGACUCUGUCAGGAGAGAUGCCUGAUACAGUGUUGGUCUCAGACAACCAGUUGAAGGUGCUGAAGGUGGACGAGUCUGUCAAUACAACUUUUAUCUGCGAGGUUACGAAUCGCAUAGGGGUUGGCAAGGACCAGGUCACGGCUUUGGUAAGAGAGCCCCCAGGGAACUCCUCCAACGCUGGUGUGGUGGCAGGAGCUGUGAUUGGCUCCCUGCUGGCCUCCCUUUUGGUUGCCGCUCUCAUCGCCGUGCUUGUCACUCGUAGUCGCAGGCAGCAGCAAGGUUAUCGUGCUAAUGGCGGCACAGACAUGAAGACGCGCAUAUUUGGCAGCGGCAAGAAGGCCAGUAAGAACGGCACAGGUGGUGGUGCAAGUACCGGCGGUGUGGGAGGUGGCGGCAACAACGGUCCUGUCUACGUUUACAAUGAGGGUUCAUCCCACCAGGGCCUCGGAGACAAAAACCACCACCAACCACUCGCUGUGGGGAGUCGGUCUGAAGUUAUUUCCACUACGCCCACUGCUCAAGACAUCCUGCUAAGCAGCGAGAUAGAUGAAGCAGAGAGGAGAAAGUUUGACGAGCUGGAGGACGAGGAGAGGUAUGACCACUUCAGUGGAGGGGCCCCCAUCCUUCAGCUUCGUCCACCACACGACCAGGACGAUGUGAUUAGAGGUUACAUGGAUGAUGACAUGGAGUCCCAGGGCGACGGCUCUGUCAUUUCACGGACUGCCGUUUACGUAUAGAAGAGAAAAGGAAAGCAGGAGGAGAAAAAAGUCAGGGUGGAGGAUUCCUCCUGAGACAUUUUGUGGUUCCAGGGUCUUGUUCCUUUCUGAUAGAAUUAAAAAAAAAAAAAAAAAAAAACUUUCAUUGUCUUUUUAUUUUUUAAUUAUAUGUUUGUUUUAAGCAUAACCUGUUAAUCAUAGUACAACUCCAGAACGCACUGGACAGGGGGAGGUUGGAAGGAAUUAUCUUUGUCUGAUCCCAAAAACAAACAGAAAAAACCCACCUGACUGCCACUGCUUUACUCGUACUAUUGCUAUCACUGGAACCUUGACAAGAACUCCGACAGCCGAAAGGGGAGCAACUACGUGGCUUAAGCGUAGGAUAAUGGCAUCAUGGUAGAGACGUUUCACUCGCAUAUUCACUUAUCUCCAGCAGAACAGAAGUGGAAGGGGCUGUCAGACAGUUAGAUGUUGCCUGCUAUUCUCGGUUCUCCUGUGAGAAAGCUUUUUUUUGUUUUGUUAAAUGCCAUAGCAGCUGCUGGGUAGUGAGCAGGUCGUGAUGCACGUGGAGGAAAACAUUUCAAGGUAAAGACGGUGGCAUCAUGAUUUCAGAUGAGGAAACCGUAUUUGCUUAUGUCUGCUGGGUAUGUGCAAGUUAUCUUUUCUGCUCUUUACUUUCGUCUUGAACUCCAAAACAAUUGCAAACUAUCAGUGAUAUAGUACAUCAGCUGUGGUAGAGUUUUUAAAACAAAAUUUAGUGCCCUUCCCAAAACAGGAGAUGACUUAUUCAACAAAGUACUAUAGGGGACUUCGAGUUAAUUCAGAGUUCUUAACAAGGUAUUCACAUGCAAUGUUUUCCCACAGUGCCUGGAGGUAAGAGAGGCUAAACAUGGGAUGAGGAAUUGAGGUCUAGCUGAUCUGACAAGAUCAGGGGAUGGAGCGCAAGCAAUGCAGGAGACAGGAGGACUGGAAAGCAGCAUGUCUCUUCUUUUCUAUUCCUCCUCAUCCCUGUCUUUUCAAAGUGCUCCUGGCAGGAGGAGCUUGAUUGGUAAUGAGCCGUGAAGAUGCUUGCUUAGCUGGGACCAACAGAUUGCAACCGCUUAUCAUUUAUGACGUUGCGCCGUCUACGCCUUCUAUUUCUCUGGCUCCAUCAUCCCACCAUCUCUGCCGCUCUUUAUCGCCCUCUCCUACUGUUUACGAGGAGCUUGAUUUAUCCAGGGCAGUGUUGAGGUCAGGGCUACAGAGAGCAGAGGAGUAUUUUAUUGCUCCUGAUGUGUCAAAUGCCCCACCUCCUCUGUUCCAGCCUGGACUGCCCUGACAUGUCAGGACUGACUGAUCCACCUGGAGUGGCCAUGUUUGCUGUACAUCCCCCCCCGCCCCCGCCUCCUCUUACAUUAAAUAGGCGGGUGUAACAGAUCCCCACUUCCACUGUCAACAGCGCCAGGUAGAUUUUCAGCGAGUCACAUACUCUUUUUUUUUUUUUUUUUUUUUUUCCCCAUUAGCGGAUGUUGUUAAAUACAGCGAGUUAUUUGUAGACAAACUUAAGCUUAUGUCCACAGUGACGCUGAGGGAGUCGUAUUGACUAAGUGGCAGUGAAAUGACCCUUUAUGAUACAGAUGCAGACUGCUUGUUUGUCUUCUGCCUGCUAAUUUAUCUUGAUAACUCUCCAGAGGCCAUUUCAGGCAAAUGAUGCAUCAUGGCCACUUUACCCUGCUGUCUUAAAGCCCAUUGUGCACACCUGCAUGCAUCAUUGUAUCUUAUCAGUCACCAGAUGACUUAAAUGGUGCCCUUGGAGAUGAAUCCUACUGCCUUCUUUCUUUUUUUUUCCCCCUUCUCGUUGUUUCUGGCUUUUUAGUCAUGUAUCCUUCCCUGUUGUGGUAUUCACACGGCUGCAGGUCAACCUGAGGUAUUAACAAGACCAAGGAUAUUUAUUGUUUUCAGCUAGUACUAGUGGUGGGCACAGUUAUCCUGGAAAACAUUUAGCUGAUCUUGCUGCUCACCACUUAAAUGAAUGCAGCUUGGUUUCUUGUUUUUGCCUCUAUAAAAACCUGGAAAAACCUAUGAGGAGCUUCCAAAAAAAAGUUUAGCACGUCAAGAUCAGAUGAUUCAGAUGCACAUGAAUAACUAAAUGAACAAAUGAAACUGCUGUUGCCUUUGCACUGUGUCCAUUUCACUCACUGGAUUUGUGUACAAGCUCCAAACAGGCACAAAUGCAUGGUUUUUAGGUUUACAAACAUUUUUCACAAAAAUCCAAAAUUUAGUGGCGGCAAAUUGGUCUGCUCAUGGCUUUUGCUAAUUAGCUGAACUGUCCCAACCACUAACUAGUACCCAUUUGAGAUGUGAUGGUAUUUUGGCUUUUAAUUUUCAGAGGGGUGGAGAGAACAGGAAAGACAAGACUGGUUUUGAUGUUUGGGCCCAGUCUGGCAUAUGGAUUAUCUCAUGGCCUUAGCUUAUAUGAAAUGCUACUCCUGCCAAUCUGUACAUUUAUUGAACAUAGCUGCUUUGUCACAGCCACCAAAAAGUAUUGUUUUUGCACUUGUGUGUUGCUGUCUAGAUGCACACAGAAUGCAUGUAACAUUCGGUUUGAGGGCAAAAACAGAAGUUGUCUGUACAUUUUGAUGUGAGGUACUUGUGCACUAUAUAUGUAAAAUCAUUAUUUUUCUUGUGAAAAAUGUGCAUAUUUCUGAAAUCUGUAAAUAUCAAUGGAGCCAGUACUUAUUGAACAAAAGAGGACGAUGCCUUGUGGUGACCUUGCUCAAAGUUCAAAUGUCUCGGAAGGCAUUCAGAAUGUAAUUUUUGCUUUUAUCUCUGUGGUUUCAGCGUGGUGACACACUGAACUGGCUGAGUUUACACUUUAAUUUUUUUAAAAUUUGUCCACAAAUAUACAGUACCCCGCCCCAUGCCUCAAGUUUGCAUUUCCAAACAAAAAUGAUUUUUGUGCAAUUGGCUACACCCUCUUCUUAACACAGACUUUGCAUAAUGUUAAAAUAUACACAUUACCCAUCAGGUAGACUGCAACUACAGAGGAUGUGAUAUGUAUGUGUGUGUGUGGCCUCUAAGUCAGCUCUGUGUUUGUAUAUAAUUGUCUGUCAGUGUAUCUUUUCAUGAUGCUUGGGGUGCUUUGGGGCAUCUCUCCUUGCUUUUGCGGAUGCUACCUGAAUAGCCACUUUUGUUUUUUCUUUUUUGUCACCAUAUGGAGGAGAAAAACAUGCAACGGAUUAUUGUGCAGCGCUUGGACACAAACAUUUAUAUAAAUAUAUCUAUAUGAAGAAUGCAGAGAAACAUUCGCCCACACACAAACACCCCUCAGUCACUCAUUAUUCUCACUCCCACAGCCAAACUAUGCUGAAGACACCUCACACCUGACAAACUCUGCUGUCUUCUGACAUAAGCCCACACAAAUAUGUGCGCUCAAAAAAUGCAGAAGCGUGACUUCUCUUCUUGCUCAGCAGCUCUGUCAGGACAGACACUGUGUGGACGGAUCUGCAUUAUGACAUGCCCCUGUUCCACUGCUUUCUUGUUCCCAAAUAGGUCCAACCUGUUCCCAUCUGGAUGACCACGUGCGACUGCAGUCACAGGGACGAUCCUUUUACUCGUUGUCAGGGGAACAGUGCUUGUUGGAAAUAGUGUGUCCUUUCCGCUUCUGUUGUACACCAGAUAUAUAAAUCUCAGAAUGCGCCACUGUUGGGGGA